UCUGGGCAUGCGCAGAUGGCGGGGGAGGGAGAGUCCCGCAUGCGCAGAGGCAGCGCUCACCCGCUGCUGCUCCCUGGCGCUGCGGGGCCGGGCGGAGCAGGAGGGUCUGUGCCGGGGAGACCCAUUAACCCCCCCGUGCCCGGCUCGGGCCCUGCUCCCGCUGGGGCCGCCCCGGGCUCUGCCCGCCCCGCUGCGGAGCUGCAGCCUCCAGGGGCCGGUGACCUUUGAGGAGGUGGCUGUGUAUUUCACCAGGGAAGAGGGGACUCUGCUGGACCCCACUCAGAGAGCCCUCUACAGGGAUGUCAUGCAGAAGAACUAUGAGACGGUGGUCUUGCUAGGGUUUCCAGUUUCCAAACCUGAUGUGAUCUCACAGCUGGAACAAGGGGAAGAGCCAUGGAUCCCGGACUUCCAGGGCUCCGAGAAAGAAGUGCACCCGAGAGCUGCCUGCACAGGUGAUGGGAUGGUGAGUGAGAAUGAGGAGGAGAAACCCGAUCAGGAAGAUGCUGAGCAAGUAGAACUACAUGGAACGUUAUCAGGAAGAUCCAAAGGGAAUGUUUCUGGGAGUUGUGCACUCCCAGAAAAAGCAAAAGGCUGUGAGACUCAGCAGAUGUUAGAGGAAAACUUCAGUAGCCACUCAAACCUUAUUGCACGUGACAGAAUUAACUUGGAAGGGAGACGCUACACAUGCCAUGAGUGUGGGAAAAGCUUCAUUUCAAGCUCUGCCCUUCUCACACAUUGGAGAAUCCACACUGGAGAGAAGCCCUACACAUGCUCUGAGUGUGGGAAAAGCUUCAGGCGGAGCUCACACCUUAUCAGACAUCAGAGAAUCCACACAGGAGAGAUGCCCUACACAUGCUCUGAGUGCAGGAAAAGCUUCAGCAAACGCUCACACCUUCUCACACAUCGCAGAAUUCACACAGGAGAGAUGCUCUACACAUGCCCUGAGUGCAGCAAAAGCUUUAAGCACAGCUCUACCCUGAGCAAACAUAGGAGAAUCCACACGGGUGAGAAAUGUUAUGGAUGCUCUGAGUGCGGGAAAAGCUUUAGUCAUAGUUCAAGCCUUAUCACACAUCAGAGAAUCCACACAGGAGAGAAGCCCUACACAUGCUCUGAGUGUGGGAAAAGCUUUAAGCACAGCUCUACCCUGAGCAAACAUAGGAGAAUCCACACGGGUGAGAAACCUUAUGGAUGCUCUGAGUGCAGGAAAAGUUUUAGGGAGCGUUCAAACCUUAUCACACAUCAGAGAAUCCACACAGGAGAGAAGCCCUACACGUGCUUUGAAUGCGGGAAAAGCUUUAGUCAGCAUUCAGCCCUCAUCUCACAUCAGAGAAUCCACACAGGAGAGAAGCCCUACACAUGCUCUGAGUGUGGGAAAAGCUUCAGUUGGAGCUCACACCUUAUCGCACAUCAUAGAAUCCACACAGGAGAGAUGCCCUACACAUGCUCUGAGUGCGGGAAAAGCUUCAAUCGGAGCUCACAGCUUAUCACACAUCGUAGAAUCCACACAGGAGAGAUGCCCUACACAUGCUCUGAGUGCGGGAAAAGCUUCAGUCGGAGCUCAUACCUUAUCACACAUCAGAGAAUCCACACAGGAGAGAAGCCAUACACGUGCUCUGAGUGUGGGAAAAGCUUUAAGCACAGCUCUACCCUGAGCAAACAUAGGAGAAUCCACACGGGUGAGAAACCUUAUGGAUGCUCUGAGUGCAGGAAAAGCUUUAGGGAGCGUUCAAACCUUAUCACACAUCAGAGAAUCCACACAGGAGAGAAGCCCUACUCAUGCUCUGAGUGCGGGAAAAGUUUUAGUCAGCAUUCAGCCCUCAUCUCACAUCAGAGAAUCCACACAGGAGAGAAGCCCUACACAUGCUCUGAGUGUGGGAAAAGCUUCAAUUGGAGCUCAAACCUUAUCACGCAUCAGAGAAUCCACACAGAGAACCCUUACACAUGCUCUUAGUGCAGGUAAAGCUUCAAUCGGAGCUCAAACCUUAUCACGCAUAAGAGAAUCCAAACAGGAGGGAAGCCUUACACAUACUCUGAGUGUGGG